AUGGAAGGGAAAUUUUCAAUGCAUAAAAAAGCAGUCAUGGGGAUGAAGAAAUCAAACGGUGGGAAACGUAUAAUUAGAGGGAGGCGAGAAGGUGUUUCUCACAGGGGGGAGAAGGAGAUGGGGAAACAGAAAGGAAGACCAAAUGGAGAAGGAAAAGGUGCAGAGGAGACAGAGUGGGGCGCACCCAGCGACAGGAAGUAUUAUAACCCCCUGACGAAGGGGAAAGCAGCCCAUCACAGGUUUAAUAGUAGCAUGUUCCGAAACGGUCAUCGAAGUGGCAACAUGCGAGGAGUAGCUGGAAAGGGGAAGCACCAGGGUGGCCUCCUCCAUGGGGGGGGAAGAAAAAGCAGAAAUGGAGAAGGAAGAUACCCCUAUGGGGGGAUAUCAACAGGGGACGCCGCCAAUCAGGACGUCACCCGGGGCGCUAGCCAAGACGCUAGCCAUGCCGCUAACCAUGCCGCCAGCCAGGAGGAUGAAAGCCUCCCCCACACAUUUAGCGACGCGUACUACUACGACAACGAGAGCUCGGCGGCGAGCGAGGGAGAGGCCCCCAUGGGGAAAAUGAACUAUGCAGAAGAAACAACCAGUCGAAAGGAGGAGCCCCGUAUUAACAGUGAGCAACAGCCGACCAUGGAUUACGUGGAGUAUAUGAAGAACCUCAAAAAGGGAGAGGAACCAAAGUGUGAUAAAAAAAACACAUUGGACUCCUCCGAAGGGAAGGAAGAGGUUGGAAGACACGCACCCGGUGAUGAGCAUGAAGGAGUUGACCAGCAUGCGGGAGUUGACGAGCAUGAAGGAGUUGACGAGCAUGAAGGAGUUGACGAGCAUGCAGCAGUUGACCAGCAUGAAGGAGUUGACCACCACGAAGGAGAUGACGAGCAUCAGAAAGGAGUUUUCAAAAUUUUCCUGUUGUUCUCCCCCCUCGCUGUUACAAGCAUAGGAAACAGAAGAUGCGUCAUAAAUGCCGAUGAGCACAUGUCAUUUCUGGAGAAUAAAUUAAAGACUGUUGAGAAUUUACUAUCAGAUGCAAGAAGUGCAAAGGAGAAUGUGUUCCUGAGGACCAAAGUGGAAGCAAUAGAAAAUAAGCUCAAGAACGUACGGCUGGAUAUUCUUUUUUUUACAUUGCUAUGCUUACGAGACAGUGUUAUUAACAAAAGGGGGAAGCUGCAAAUAUAUGUGCAUACAGUCAAUGGGUUGCUAAUUUUUGUGUCUCCAUCAUUCAGGACCGAUUCUGAGUGUUUCCCCUUCGACUAUGUCAUCCGUGUGUCGGAUCUCCCUCUGUCCACCGUUGCCGUUUGUUCCAAGCUUACGCAUUUUUUAAAUGACUAA